AUGCACGACAAUGCUGCCAUUGACCCAGCCACAGGGGACGACAGGAAGCCAGUUAUCAUUACUACUUAUAAUAACACCAAGUAUGGUGUAGACGUGCUUGAUAAAAUGUGUCGCCAGUAUGACACUGCAAGAAACUCCCGAAGGUGGCCCUUAACCCUAUUUUUCCAUGUUCUCAAUGUAGGGGGAGUAAAUGCUCUUUGCAUUUACAAAGAUAACCAAAACCAGGACUUUGUUAGUCGGAUGGAAUUUGUAGAAACUAUGGCAUUCGAACUUAUGAAACCACAGAUUGAACACCGCAUCAGCCAGGAAAUGAUCCCAAGAGAAAUUAGAAUCAAAGGAAGAUUGCUAUUGAAACUUGAUGGGGACAGAGCACAUAAUAAUCAGCCUCAACCAGCAGUACCCGCAGGGACACAUGGUCGAUGUUACAUCUGCGGCAGAGCCAGGAACAAGUCAACAAGGAAAACGUGUAAUAAGUGCCAUAAGUGGCUGGACGGUCUGAGCGGAGUGCCAGGACACACAGGCGGGAAGUCGAAACUGUUCUCCUACAACGUGGUGUUCGAGCCGGGGGCCACCCAGGAGGAUGUCUUCCAGUUCUCUGGGGUCAAGAGACUAGUGGGGAUGGCAGUUGAGGGUUUCAGUACGACGGUCUUCUGCUACGGUCAGACCGGAAGCGGAAAAACCCACACUCUUACCGGACCUCCGGGGCUGGUUGAGAAGAACGCCGACCCUUUCUCUCCCAAUCAUGGGCUUGUAUUUCGCUCCUUCAUGUAUCUCUUCCAAACUCUUCAAGAGAUGAGGGACACGCACUUCGUUCUUAAAGCAUCAUUCCUCGAGAUUUACAACGAGAAGGUAAUAGAUCUGUUAAACCCUGGCACAGCGCGGAAGCCUUUAGCAGUGAGAUGGUCCAAGAAGUGUGGAGGAUUCUUCGUCGAGAAUCUCUUCACCGUCGACUGCGAAGAACUUGAUGACCUCCUUGCUGUUUUGGAAGAAGGUAUGAGGAACAGAUCGGUGGGAAGUCACAGUAUGAACGAACAUUCCAGCAGGAGUCAUACGAUACUAACCGUUAAUAUUACUUCGGAACAACAGAUGGAAAAUAAUGUGUUUAUAACCAAACAAGGGAAAAUCAACUUCGUGGACUUGGCGGGAAGUGAGAUGACGAAGAAGACUCAUAGUGAGGGAAAGACCCUGGAGGAGGCUAACAACAUCAACAAGAGUCUUAUGGUCUUGGGUUACUGCAUAGCGUCACUAAGCGACAGUAAGAGAAAGAACGGUCAUAUACCCUACAGAGACAGCAAGCUUACUAAACUUCUAGCCGACAGUUUAGCUGGGAGUGGCGUCACACUGAUGGUUGCAUGUGUUUCUCCAGCGAGGUCCAACGUGACAGAGACUCUGAACACACUCAGGUACGCUGCCAGAGCCAAGAAGAUUCGCACCAAGCCCAUCGUUGUCAUGGACCCGAGAGAAGCGCUCAUUGUCAGCUUAAAGAGGGAAGUGGCCGCCCUCCAAGAGGAGAACGAACACUUGCGCACAGCCUUGCACCUGAGUGCCGAGUACGUCGCAGACACCAGCAGAGACAACAAGCUCCAACUGAAGACUCCACCGAACUUCGACCUUGAGAAGAUCGCGUCGAUGGAGGGCUCGGAAUUGGCGGAGCUUGUAAGACACUACGCGAAAGAAAACGAAGCGUUGCGGCGUGAGAACGGGGAACUGUUCGCUGUCAGAGACCUUCUGGUCCGAGACCAGGAGAUCGUCUGCAGGGAGAACGAGCGAUUGCUGAAGAAACUUGAAGAUGUCAACUCAGUGUGCUGCAGGUCCCCACUGAUUCCCGCACGGCCAUCGUACUCCGGGGAUCCCCAAGGGGACUGGGACAACUCUAACGUGUGGACCAAUCCUCUCUACUCUUCCGUCAACGGACCAAAAUUGAAGGAGCUCAUGGACAAUCGGUCAGCAAAACCUCCUCACAGGUUACCAGACUCAAUUCAGAAAGAGCUUGAUAAGAGACAGAUCGGGAAAACAUUGGCAGAAACAAUUCGAGAUCGAAACUUAAGAAGAACUUCAGGGGAUACAAAACAUUCUGCAAAUCGAGGGGGUGAGCGAAGCGAUCGGGGCAAGGGAGAGCCUACUUUGGCCACAGGACGGCCGCUCAGAGACCCCUUCGGCAGUCUAGUCUCUCUGCACGAGGAAGAAGUAGCAGUCGGCUGAAACAGAAGGCUAAUCCAGAGUUGGACAAGGAAAAAAGAAGUGUCGAUAAGGCAGAAAGUAAUGUGUAACGCUUAAGAUAAAGUGACAAAAAAAUCAUAAAAGAAACUUCUAUUCUUUUUUAUUUCCACAGAUGUUUAAUUGCACUGAUAUUUUACAAUGAAAUAAGAAAUAAAGUGUAAAUACUGUAAUAAGAUACUUAUGUUGUAGUGAAAAUCAUUUUUCUCAAACAAAUCCUGUGAAUAUUGAUCAUUGUGAGUUUAACGAUGAUCAGUACCGAUCAUUAUUACUUGUUGCAUUAAAAAAAUACAUGUAUGAACAGAGUUGUAGAACAAUCACAAAUAAUUGAGUAUAAUUGAAUCCAUACUAUUUAAGUGUGAUUUUCUUGCCUAUUACGUAGAUGAAUUUGGAGUACAAAAUUAGAUCAAAGAUUAGGUGUGGUUAUUUUGUCAAUUAAAGGAAAGAGAAUAUUUCAA